AUUAUAUGGUAUUAUAUAGAGGAUGCAUCGGCUUUGAAGUUCAUCCCGCACCAAAUCGGAGGUGUCCAAAACGACGCGCUUCGAUUCGGUCUCCAUGGAGUCAAGAGCGACAUCGUUGGUUCUCACCCUCUCCAAUCUUCCCUCCAAUCUACAAGGAGAAUGGAAGAAGCGAUGAAGAGGCAAUGCAAAGUCAACUUAUAUGGAAUUGUUUUUCCUCUGAAGGAGGAACUUGACAGGCAAAUAUUGUCACGAUUGACUAUGUGGAAUUUGAGCGGCAUGCUGGUGGUGGUUCCAAUAUGCAUUAUUUUGACCUUCUUAUCAAAUUAAAAUCUGAACAAGAGCAUCUCUUCCGUAAUAUUCAGAGAAACGAGUACCAACAUUUGUAUGAAUUUAUCAGUUCGAAGGGCUUAAAAAUUUUGAACUUGGGAGAUGCCCAACCCACUAUUGGUAUAAAGAAGGUUCUCGAGAAUGAUGAUGAUGAUGUUGUUGAUCCACAUCUUGAGCGCAUAAAAAAUGAAGCUGGUGGGGAUGAAAGUGAUGAGGAGGAUUCUGAUUUUGUUGCUGACAAGAAUGAUGAAGGUUCUCCCACUGAUGAUUCUGGGGCAGACGAUUCUGAUGGCAGUGAUAGUGGUGAUGACAUAGAGGCAAUUUAA